AAUCGGCUUGGCACUUAUUGAGAGGCUGGAGCCACCAGUGUACACAGGGAGUUUGCGCGUCCUGUGGAGAGAGCGGGAGGUCAGGCCAUGAAUUUAGGAGAUGGUUUAAAGCUUGAAACUGACUUACUGGAUGGAAAAACCAAGCUAAUAUUAUCUCCAUAUGAACAUAAGUCAAAAAUUUCUGUGAAGAUGGGAAAUAAGACCAAGAUUUCAAAAUAUCCUUUAAGAACAAGGACUGGACACAUUAUGAAAUCAACACCAAAUACUUGUAUUGGGAGUGAAAAGCUUUUACAAAAGAAGACAGUUAGUUCAGAAACUUCACAGGCAAAAGAUGAAAAAAAUAGAAUGACUUUUUCAUCUACUAAGGAUUUAUGUAAAGAUUAUGUAGAUAAAGACUAUCUUCAUGUCCAGAAAGAGAUUUCACCUGCAACCCCUAGCAUUCAGAAAACUGGAAACAGCAUAAAUAUUUCUUUAGUAGCUAGACAGAAGCCUCACAAAAAACACAUCACAACUGAAAACGUAGAGAGCAAUUUGGUGUGUUUAACACAAGACCAACUACAACAGAUUUUGAUGGCUGUAAACCAAGGAAAUAGACCUAUUUCCCUGACUGAGGAUGGAAAGAACGAAGAAAAAAGUCAGUAUAGUCUACCCUUAAACAGUACUCCUGCUCAGCCAAAGGACGAGAACAUUAUGGGAUUAUUCCAAAUAACUGAUGCUGUUUCAUGUGUCCCAAAUGAAAAUAAAUCUAUCUUAAAUAAAAGCCAGGAGGCAUCUAAGCCGUGUGAGCAGAAAAUUGCCAUAGAGAAUGAAUGGAAACCAGCUGACAUAUUUAGUACUCUGGGGGAAAGGGAAUGUGAUAGAAGUUUGUUGGAAGCCAAAAAAAUCCAGUGGAGGAAAGAGCUAGAUGAACAGGUUGCUUUAAAGAAGAAAGAAAAAGAAGCUUCUCAAAAAUGGAAUGAUCCUUGGAAAAAAACUGAAAAUGAUAAAAUAAUAUGGGAAAACCUUCAAAUUCUUGACCAGUUUAGGGAACCAAGACCACUGGAACAACCUUUCAGUGUUGUGAUACAAGAACAGCAGAGAAAAUGGAUUGAAGAGUUGAAUAAGCAAAUAGAGGAUGACCAGCAAAGAAAAAUAGAAGAAAAAAUGAUAUAUUCAAAGGGUGAGGAACAUGACAGAUGGGCCAUGCAUUUUGAUUCAUUAAAGAGUUAUCCUGGUUCUCAGUCUCAACUGUCCUCUCAAUCAACAUGCAAGCAACUGGAGUACUUCUGUGUCUCUCCGGACACUCAGGAGCUGGUUGAUAUCAGCAGUGUUUGUACACCUACGGUUAGAAGCCAGGUUGAACCUUCAGAGGACGAGCAUAUAGCAAAACCUAUUAGGGAUGUGGUUAUAGCAAACAGUCAACCAAAAAACUUUCUGCGUUCUAUGACAGCACUCUUGGACCCAGCUCAGAUUGAGGAACGAGACAGACGACGACAAAAACAGUUAGAACAUCAGAAAGCCAUCACUGCUCAGGUAGAAGAGAAGCGCAGGAAGAAACAACUGGAAGAAGAGCAAAGAAAGAAGGAAGAACAGGAAGAGGAGCAUCGCUUAGCACGGGAACGUGAAGAGAUGCAGAAACAGUAUGAAGAAGACAUACUCAAGCAAAAGCAAAAGGAAGAAAUUAUGACUCUAAAGACAAAUGAGCUAUUCCAGACAAUGCAGCGUGCACAAGAGUUGGCACAGAGACUGAAACAAGAACAGAGAAUCCGAGAAUUGGCUCAAAAGGGACAUGACACUUCUAGAUUAAUUAAAAAUCUUGGCAUUGAUACACAAGUGGAAUAUAAUGCAUCCACUAAAAAGUACAUUUCAAACUCCAGACAUGACUCUGAUGAAGUCAGUGGUAAAAUGAAUACAUGUAUCAAUUCUACGACUUCUCCUAAGAAGGAUACUGGUGUACAAACAGAUGACUUACAUACAGGAAUAUUCACCAAUGCAGAAUCACACUGUGAAUCAUCAACAGAAGGGGAAAUUCCAAAUUAUCCAUCUCCCGAGAUUUCGGCAUAUUCCAAUGGACAAUUGCACAUUAAGAAAAACAAGCAAGAAUUAAGUCAAGAUAAAGGAGCCAACUUAGAAAACUGGUAUAAUGACCAGUGUAAUCAGUUCACAAGAACAGAGAAACAAACAAAACACAUGAAGAAAUGUCCUAAAAGGCCUGAUUGGAAUAUAAAUAAGCCACUCAAAAGGUAUAUUCCAGCAUCAGAAAAGUACCCUAAACAGCUUCAAAAGCAGAGAGAAGAAAAGAAAAUAAGAAGGCAAAUGGAACUGCUUCAUUUGGUAGAAAGAAAUAAUCCUGAACACCUCUCUCAAAACAGAGGCACUUCACCAGAAGUUCUUCAUUCAUCUCAAGAAAAUGAGUCAAAGUUCAGGUGGCAUCCAUUAAAAAAGGAAGAAGAGCCUCUGAAAAUUCAUUCAAUCAGCAAGGAAAGGUCUCAACCAUCACCAGUUCCAACAUUGAAAAACAGAACCCAGCAAACUCAGAACACGUUACAGUCUUCACGAAAAAACAGUAGCUGUGGGAGACAAAAUCUGAGCUCAGGAAGUAGUCAAACAGAAUUAUCACCUGGGAUUUCUGAACCAUCCCAUUUUAUUCCUUAUGUCCGAACAAAUGAGAUCUAUUACCUUGAUCCAGAUGCACCAUUGUCUAGGCCUUCAACCCAAGAUUCUCAGUAUGAAAAUUCACAAGACUGUGACCAGGAACGGCAGCUAUUUGAUUCUGAUCAUGUCAGGGACCCACUUCUUAAUCCUAACUUGGUGAAAAACAGGGAUCGACAGCAAGCGAUCCUUAAGGGACUUUCAGAACUGAGACAGGGCCUUCUCCAGAAGCAAAAGGAGUUGGAAACUAAUCUCAUGCCUUUAGCUGCAAAUCAAGAAGAGAAUUUUAGCGUGUUUUAAAUGUAGAAAACCAAAUGUUUCACAUUUGAUGUCUUCCAAAUUAUAAAAUGUGCUUGUGGCUUAACUGUUUUAUAAAUAGCUUAGAUUUAUUUCUUAAAAUGCUUAUUAAAAAUUUGUAUGUAGUAAAAUGUUGUACUUUUUUAAUACAAUAAAACAGAUACUUUUGUAAAAGCUUAAUAGUAAAAAAA